GCCGAGAACGAGGUGGCGGUCCUGACUCGCGCUGGGUCCCACCCCAACUUGGUGGAGUUUCGUGGCUGGUAUCGCGACCCACGAGACGGCGUCAUGUGCCUGGUCAUGGGCUACUGCGGAGGCGGCACGCUGGCGCAGCUCAUAAAACGCGCGUCGUACUUUCCUGAGGACCUGGUCAUGUUUUGGUUCGUACAGCUACUGUUGGCGUUACACCAUUUGCAUGGCCGUAAAAUCAUGCACCGAGAUCUGAAGCCGGACAACAUCUUUCUGGCUGGCAACCGCCGCGUCAUCAAGCUGGGGGACCUGGGGGUGGCCAAGCAGCUGGAGGGCACCUUUGAGCUGGCCAUCACCUGCCUGGGUACGCCGUACUACAUGAGUCCCGAGUGCCUGGCGAGUCGGCCGUACACAUACGCAUCAGAUAUCUGGUCAUUGGGAUGCGUGCUGUACGAGAUGGCGGCGCGUCGUACGGCUUUCGAGGCGCUCGGGCUGCCGCAGCUCAUGUUCAAGAUCCUCCGAGUGGCGUACGACCCUCUGCCCACCCAGUUCAGCCGGCCUUUCCAGCAGCUGGUCAACAGCAUGCUAAGGGCGGACCCGGAGGACAGACCAACCACACAGGACCUCCUGUCGCAACCCUUCGUUCGCCGCCACCUCAAGCGGCUGCUGGACAUCAGCGCCCGCAAAGUCGCCACCGCCGGGCAGCCGGGUGUGUGUGUGUGGGGGGGGGGGGGGGAGGGUGGUGCGAUACAGGGAGGCAAUCAAGUUGUAGGGAAGGGUCCAGCGGGGUAG